GGUCUGCACGGGAACCCGGAAGUGGAGUGCGGCUGGGAUCAUGGCGUGGAGAGGGCGUGUAGUGCGGUGGGUUAAAGAGGAUUUUAUCACUCCAGCAAAUCGGAGGCGCGGGUUCGUUCUCGUACAACAGCAGAGAUGCGGCUUUCGGAAAGCGGCAAAGAAGGUGGAGCCAAAGAUGGAGGCGGAGCCAGUAGAGUUGGUACAAAAAAGAAGCGGGACUCCAGCAAUAGAACCGCCCACUCCAUCACAGCCUGAGAGGUCGCUGGGCAGAAUGGUGAAGCCGCUGGUGUUCACUGUAGGGUUUACAGGCUGCUCGUUCGGCAUGGCAGCAAUCUGGCAGUACGAGAGUCUGAAAUCUCGCGUUCAGAGCUACUUCGACGAGGCGCAAGCUGAUUGGCUGGACAAAAUGCGGCAGCGGAAACAUGGGGACAUACGCAAACAGAUCAAUCAGUGGUGGAACAGUCUGAGUGAAGGACAGAGGAGUGUGACAGGCAUCAUAGCUGCGAACGCGCUGGUGUUUUGCUGUUGGAGAAUUCCGUCUCUUCAGCGAUCCAUGGUGAAGUACUUCACCUCUAACCCCGCCUCCAAUGCACUGUGUUGGCCCAUGCUGCUGUCCACUUUCAGCCACUACUCGUUCUUCCACAUGGCUGCCAACAUGUACGUCUUGUGGAGUUUCUCCUCCAGCGCAGUGAGCAUGCUGGGAAAGGAGCAGUUCGUCGCCGUCUAUCUGUCUGCAGGUGUAAUCUCCUCAUUUGCAAGCUACAUGUGUAAAACACUAACAGGAAGGUUGGGGCCUUCGUUAGGAGCGUCUGGCGCUAUAAUGACCGUGCUCGCGGCAGUCUGCACGAAGAUCCCUGAAGCCAAACUGGCCAUUGUUUUCCUCCCGAUGUACACCUUCACUGCAGGAAAUGCCCUGAAAGCCAUCGUCGCCCUGGAUGCAGCAGGUUUGAUUAUGGGAUGGCGCUUUUUUGACCACGCUGCUCAUUUAGGAGGUGCUCUGUUUGGCAUCUGGUACAUCUUCUACGGCCACGAGAUGAUCUGGAAGAACCGCGAGCCGCUGGUGAAACUGUGGCACAACUUCAGAACGCGAGGACCCGGCACAGGCGGAAACGGCUCCCUCUAGAGCAUCGUGGAGGGAAAAUCUAUAUAAUAAACACGUUUAUUUAGGAGCAUGUGUGUGCGUGUGCGCGUGAAUGAGCUGCGAAUAAAUUAAUUUCCAUUUGUUCUUUCGGACUAUAAAAUAAAAGGUUUAUUACGCCGUG